CUCCACCCCCUGGCGGUCUUUUGCAGACAAUCGCAGUCUCAAAGAUACAUCAAGUCGAUCAGCAACCUUGGCGAUGCAUGGCGUAGCCUGGCUGAAGAGCCUCUUCCGGAGUCCGACAAAGCCUCUGUUCUGGUGGAAACCAACUUUGACUUUGUUUUGAAAAUCACAAAUGCCCUGGAAGAGCAGUCAAAACCAACGAUGGUCGAAAUGUCGACUCAUGAGCCGUCCGUGCCAUCUCUUUUGAACAAGCUUUCUACAUCUACGGAGCCUCCCCGGCAUUAUCGUAUCUUUGCUGAUCAUGGUACGGAUUUUAUCUGGCGAGAUCCCGAGGAUGUUAGGCCUGAGGAGGGGGUCUCUGUGUUGGACGCCGAAGAAGUACUCUCGACAUUCCCUCCAUCGGUCUUGGAAUUGUACGAUGUGUGGGUGGACACGUACACCCAUAACUUCAAAGAAAGACGCGAGAAGACUCAAGACUACUAUGCCUCUAAUUUUCCAACUGCUUCUGAGGAGGUCGCUUGGAACGUGGCGGGGUUUUUACUGGCGUGGCGGAUUGCAUUGGCGCCUGAGGUUGGCAGGAUUGAAUUCAGCGCCGGUGGCUCAAAGUACCUUCUUGAGAAAGGGGAGGAAACGAGUGCCGCCUUGAGAUUUCUACAGGACCAGGUUGAUAUUCUAACCAAAGGAGAGCCCGUAGCAUAGCGCGCUCCUUCACUUCAGGAGGCGAAACGAAACGAGCAGUCGAAGACCGCAACUAUAGAGCCACGCUUGGCGAUGCAGAAGUAUUUAUGGCGCUAGACCAAAAGAGCACACACUACCUCUAAUAGCGUAAGUUGGAAGACUAUCCCCGGUCGCUACCCAAGGUCAUGUACGGGCGAGAGCUGCCCCAGACUCACCGAUCGCAUAACUCUUGUUCCUACACGCCGUCUGCGCAGUACAUACGAAAUGGACACCGAUCAUCUCGCAAAAGAGCAGUCAGAUCGAGUCUUCCAGGUGUGGAUACAGAAUCUACUCAGGAAUGCAC